GUCUCGCAAGCGUCUCGUCUCAGCACCUACAACGCUGCCAUCGCCGGUCUGUCCGAGGAGCAGGAGGAGUUCCGCGAGGCUGUGCACGGAUUUGCGCAGCGCGAGCUCGCCGAGCGCGCCCAGCAAAUCGACAAGGACAACGCCUUCCCCAUGGACAUGUGGAAGAAGUUUGGCGACAUGGGACUCCUGGGCAUGACCAUCCCCGAGGAGUACGGCGGCGUCAACAUGGGCUACCUCAUGCACACCGUCGCCAUGGAGGAAAUCUCGCGGGCCUCGGGCUCCGUCGCUCUCAGCUACGGCGCGCACUCGAACCUGUGUGUCAACCAGAUCUACCGCAACGGCACUGAAGCACAGCGCCAAAAGUACCUCCCCAAGCUGAUCUCUGGCGACCACAUCGGCGCCCUUGCCAUGUCUGAGCCGGGAUCCGGCUCCGAUGUCGUGUCGAUGAAGCUGCGCGCCGACAAGAAGGGCGACAGAUACAUCCUCAACGGCAACAAGAUGUGGAUCACCAACGGUCCGGACGCCGACACCCUGGUUGUCUACGCCAAGACCGACAUGGAGAAGGGCAAGAUCACCGCGUUCAUUGUCGAGAAGGGCUUCAAGGGAUUCAGCACCCACCAGAAGCUCGACAAGCUGGGCAUGCGUGGCUCAAACACCUGCGAGCUCGUCUUCGAGGACUGCGAGGUGCCUGCCGAGAACGUCCUCGGCGAGGUUGACCGCGGCGUCUAUGUCCUCAUGUCUGGCCUCGACUACGAGCGCCUUGUCCUGUCUGGUGGUCCUCUCGGCCUUAUGCAGAACGCGCUUGAUGUUACUGCCCAGUACGUCCAUGAGCGCCACCAGUUUGGCAAGCCCAUUGGAACCUUCGAGCUCAUGCAAGGCAAACUGGCCGACAUGUACACGAAGCUGAAUGCCUCGCGCUCGUACGUCUAUGCGGUUGCACGUGCUUGUGAUAGCGGCAAGUCCAGCAACAAGGACUGCGCAGGCGUCAUUCUGUACAGCGCCGAGCGUGCUACCGAGGUGGCUCUGGAUGCCAUCCAGUGCCUUGGUGGAAACGGCUACAUUAAUGACUACCCGACUGGCCGCAUCCUGCGCGACGCCAAGCUCUAUGAGAUUGGUGCUGGAACUAGCGAGAUCCGCCGGAUGCUGAUCGGUCGUGAGAUGAACAAGGAGUACCUUCAGUAA